AUGUGCACUGGUACUGAAUCUCGAGGAACUAUAAAUGCUGACCAUGUAUCAAAGGUAGAAGGAAACUACCAUGAGGACAGAAUGAGAACCAUAGAAGGUGUGGAAAGAGCUUGCAGCUGUGGCACAUUCAUUCAAGGCCUUCUUCAACGCCUACAUUGUUUCUUCACUGCCUUUCUUCCUAGUCUUUCUGUCUCUGAGGUUAAAGAAGAGUUUCAAUCUCUUGCAAAGAUUUCAUGUCCCAUAAUACUGACUAGCCUAAUGUUGUACUCUCGUUCUGCUAUCUCCAUGCUGUUUUUGGGUCGCCAAGGGAAAGCAGAACUAGCUGGAGGCUCACUUGCACUUGGUUUUGCAAACAUUACUGCUAAUUCAGUCCUCAAAGGCCUCACUAUGGGAAUGGAUCCAAUUUGUUGCCAAGCAUAUGGAGCCAAGAGAUGGUCAGUUCUCAACCAAACCUUUUUCAGAACUGUAUGUCUCCUCCUAGUUGUUACCAUACCCAUAUCACUUUUAUGGCUAAAUAUGGAGCCCAUCCUUCAAAUGCUAGGUCAAGACCCUGAAGUCACCAAAGUUGCUAAAGUUUACAUGGUCUUCUCUAUUCCAGAGUUGCUAGCUCAAGCUCAUCUUCAUCCAUUGAGGACUUUCUUAAGAACCCAAGGCUUAACCACCCCAAUAACUAUAGCCGCAUCUUGUGCAGCCCUAUUACACCUUCCCAUCAAUUAUUUCUUGGCUAUAUAUUUGAAUUUAGGGGUAAAGGGUAUUGCAUUAGCUACUGGUUUGAAUUCAAUAAACAUGAUUUUAGGUUUGUUGCUUUAUAUUAUUUUCUCAAAGAAACCACUAAAACCUUGGCAAGGAGCUUCAAUUCUCUCAGCCUUCCAUGGGUGGAUACCAUUGCUAAGUCUUGCAUUGCCUAGUUGCAUUUCAGUGUGCUUGGAGUGGUGGUGGUAUGAGAUAAUGCUCUUUCUUUGUGGUUUAUUAAAUAAUCCACAAACCACAGUUGCCACCAUGGGGAUCCUUAUUCAAACACUUAGUUUCUUGUAUGUGUUCCCAUUUUCACUAAGUGUUGCCUUGACAACAAGAAUUGGUCAUUCAUUAGGUGCAGGACAACCCUCACGUGCCCAAACUACAGCCAUAAUUGGUUUGUUCAUAGCAUUUACACUUGGGAUCUCAGCCUUCACUUUGUUGAUGUCUGAGAAGAAAACCUUGGGAAAGAUUUUCACUGAUGAGACACAAAUUAUUGAUAUGGUCACAACUAUUAUUCCAAUUUUGGGUUUAUGUGAAAUUAGCAAUUGGACUCAAACAGUUUCAUGUGGGAUUUUAUCAGGGACUGCUCGUCCUUAUGUAGGUGCUAGAAUAAAUUUGUGUGCAUUUUACCUAAUUGGGUUGCCAGUUUCUAUUUUUGCUACCUUCAUAUACAAAUAUGAAUUGGUGGGUUUAUGGUCUGGAAUGUUAGCAGCACAGGUUUCUUGUUUUGUUAUGAUGGUGUACACACUGAUUCAAACAGAUUGGGGGCAACAAUCUAAGAGAGCAGUGGAGCUAGCUCAAAGAACAACAGAGCAAGAGAAUGUAAAUGAUGAGGAAAAUCGGCUUCUUAAUUCUGAUCUAUGA